GUCCGGCAAAAAAAGGCUCGGAUCGGAAAGCUUCUUCCUCUGCUUCGGCCUUCUGACGCCCUAGUCAAAUGCAAGGAGGCCGGGGCGAGGAAGAAGUAUCCAUGAAAGAGGUCGCGACCCAACUAGUUACGGUAGUAGCCCCGUUGACGGAGUUUGUUCAAGGUCUGCAACGGCAACGCAUAGCCGCCGCACAACGGCAACAGGCGCCUAUGGCUGUCGGAGCCCCUAUGAUAAGACCGGCCGUGGCCGGGGCUGUCCCACCCCUACGCUGUUAUAAUUGUAAUCAGCCAGGCCACCUUACGAAAGAUUGUCCGAAACCUCGAACUCAGGGCGGGCCCACCGGACCUUCCCAAAUCCCGCUGGCUGCUCCCACCGCUGCAGGACAGGAGAGGGUAGCCACGGUAAUGGACACACGAACGACGGAGAUGGUGACCCCUGCGGCCACUGAGAUAGGACCCGAUGAGUAUAUGGCGGCAACGAUGUUCGAACCCGGGACCAUCGGAGUGAUACGUCACGUCCAACGGAUUACCGAGGAAAGCGACCUCGGGCCGUGGCGACCAGGAUUCGAAGAUAUUGCGGUACCUGGUCCUGAAUACAAGGAUGGCCAUAUCGACGUAUUGGAUGCCUUGAAGGCUCUGGAUCUUCGGAUCCCCGUCCCUAUUCCAUAUCUGCUAACAAUUUCCGAAGCGGCUAACGAAAAGUUGAUCGAACGGUGCCUAAAAAACAGGCGCCGAUUCGAGGAAAGUCGAAAGGGCAAAAAGUCGGUCCUACGGGACCCACCCACCAACGAGGAGUCACAACCCUCGACCUCAGAGGUGCACGAAGCCAACCGGAUAGGGAUGAUCCAGACUGUAGAUUCCGCCUCGGGAAAACCCGAGGUAUUCCUCCGGGCCUAUCCUAUAACCUGGAAAAGCGUAGAGUGUGACUGUGAGGUCUGGGGAAGCCCCUUGGCCGCCAUCCUAGACUCGGGAUCGUCGGCGGUCGCCAUUUCUUGGAGAUUGACGAAACAGUUGGGAAGGGAAGGACAGGUUCAGCCCCUCCGACCGGAUGAACUGUAUAUAUCCGCUACGGAGGACAGUAUUCAUUGUAAAGGGCGAAUAACGAACGUACCUAUACGGGUGGGGCGGGUGCAUUGUUUGUGUGACGUGAUCGUGCUGGAUGUACAAGCGUAUGAUGUUCUGCUAGGCAUUCCGUGGCAGGCGGUGGUCGGAGCGCGAAUGCACUUUGACAGCUGUAAGGUGGUGCUCACAUCGGCCCACCCCAAACCCCAAGCGAUACCAAUGAGAUUGGCGGUGCGCAUGCGUACCCAGCCGGCGCCUCGCCUCACCACGAAAGCCCAUCAAAUCAACAUGAUUCGACGCCUGUCACCGGACGAAAAUGAACCCUCGACGGAAACUAACGAGACUGAUGUACCCGACCGAUAUCCGAUCCGAGUUCAGGAUCGAUGGCGCCAUUCUUGGCGGCGAGAACCAUUGGAAAUAGUUCGGAGCGAGUUCAAUCGGUCGCACGCGUUCUCCUCCGUGGUGCAGGGGGAACCCUUGCUGAGGGCGUUGAAGGAGGCUUUGACAUCUGCUCCUGUGUUGGCGCGUCCCGACCCAACAAGACCGCUCACACUGUACACCGACUGGCAGCCGCAAGCGAUAUCGACGGCGCUGACUCAGCACGGGGAGGACGGAAGGGAGCACGUUAUUGAGUAUGCGUCCAAGACGUUGAGCCAGGCACAGGCUAAUUACGAAGUGUGCAAAGGCGAAUGUUUGGCGGUGGUGUGGGGGAUUCAGCAUUUCCGACCGUAUCUCUACGGCCAGAAAUUCGUGCUGGUAACAGAUCAUCAGCCGCUGUUGUCCCUGCGCAACAACGCGGACUACACGGGGACGCUGGGAAGGUGGGCGGUGUGUCUGCAGGACUAUGACUUCGACAUCCGCCACCGCGCCACGCGGCAACAUGGUAACGUCGAUGGAUUGACGCGCCUCCUGCCGCCCAACAAGUGUCCCGCUAACGAGCGACUCAUUCCGUGGAGGCCAGAAGUCGCGGCGACGAAACCGCACUACGGGGAGCUGCACGUGCUGCGGAGAAGGAUGAACCAUCGCCAGCCGGAGCAUGAGCCCCUCGAGCAUUUCCAGACGCCGCUUGUAGAUCGCCUGUUGCGGCAUCAGUUCAAUGAGGAGAGGCAGUUGCGGUACGACAUUCAGCAGGUGAACGUGCCGGCGCCCGGGGUUGCUGAUUUGGUGGUGUACUCGUUGCUUUGCGAUCGCCUGACGUAUGCGGGGGUGUAUGUGGACGUGACGCAGUUGCUUGGCCGGGAGACGACCCGAGUAUUCAUUGAGUUCCGCGCGCUCCAGGUGGCACCCAACUUCGUGCACAACGUGGCCACCUUCAUUGGAGACUUGACGAUCCUACCGCAGCCGAAUCGGGAGCCGGCGCGCAACUUUGUGUGCGAAUACGCGCUAACUGACGUGGAGCCGCUGCCCUUCGCCGACGAAGACGCCUGGGAGUUGCACCGUGCGUUGUACAAGUGGGUGGCGAUGGGGAUGUUCCGGUUCUUCGUGGAUCACGAAGACCACACUAUCGGGGAGCACUUCAUCGUUUACUACGUCAUCACGCGGCCCAAGCCAGCGGAGAAGGAAGGGACGGUGGCGCUGUACCCCUUCGCCCAGCUCCAGGCAAUCGAUCCGGGAUUGCUGGAGCUCAUACAUCUUGAGCUCCUCUCCAUUGCGCAAGUGAUCGCGAGCGAGGAGGAGGAGAUCCAACCACGAUUGCGGACGGUGACGGCCCCGCGGAGAACGUACAACGCGGUCGUCAUCCCGGAUUACAUUGCGCAGCGCGCGGAGAGAUUGGAGGACUUCCCGAAGGAAAGGCCGUUGGGUCCUCCCUCGUUGUAUUCUCGACCAGCGCCACCUAAGGCCCCCAAGAAGAUGCCGAAGAGGAAGAGACGCCACCCAUCGCAAGGUGCGCAAGGCAGCAGGAUCGACGGCGGCGAGGAGGUGAUUCAGCCCGCGCGUACGCGGAUUCCUGACCCUGUGCCUAGGAGUGCGGUGUCGCUCGUUAAGGAGACUAUCGUGCCAUCGCUGCCCAUUCCUCGUGUGCCCGAUCUCAAUCUUGAUGGAGCCGGGCCAUCAUCAUCAGCAGCAGCCGGAGGAGGAAGCCGAUCCGACCGAGGUGGACUUCAUGGUGGAGACCGCCACCAUCAGGCUCGAGGCCAUCGCGGGGGCGCCGCGCCCUGAUCCGGCGUGGGAGCCAUAUCUGGCGCCCCCUUUUCAAGGGUGUAUUGCGGCGCGAUUGGCUGGGACGCUC